CGGGCGCUCAAAGCGCCUUCCAGGGCUUUGGAGGACUGGUCCGAUUCCCGAGGUUUGUCUGGGUGGAAUACGCUUGCUCGUGAUUCCGAGAGGCCGCUGCCUCCACAGGAACGUUUUCCCUACAGUUUUGAGGCCUCACAGGGGGGAACCUAGAAACUCUGGCUCUUGUCCUUUGACCCCGCUCUCGCGGCGGGGUGAGAGGUCGGGUGGCCAUCUUGUGGCGGCGGCGCGGGCGGCUGUUACCGCGGAGAUCCAUCCCUGCCCCCUCCGCUCACCCCCCGCCCCCCGCUGUCUGUCAGUCAGUCAGCAGAGCGUCCCGCCGUCCGUCAGGUGAGGCCUGGGCCGGGUGCGGUCGUUCUUCCCGUCGCACCGGGUGGCCCCCAGGCCGCUCCCUGCCGGGCUGCACCCACCGCUCCGCCACUAUGUCCUCCUUCUCCGAGUCGGCGCUGGAGAAGAAGCUCUCGGAGCUGAGCAACUCGCAGCAGAGCGUGCAGACCCUGUCCCUGUGGCUCAUCCACCACCGCAAGCACGCGGGACCCAUCGUGUCCGUGUGGCACCGCGAGCUGCGCAAAGCCAAAUCAAACAGGAAGCUUACUUUUCUGUACUUAGCAAAUGAUGUCAUCCAAAACAGUAAAAGGAAAGGACCUGAGUUCACUAGAGAAUUUGAAUCUGUUCUUGUGGAUGCAUUUUCUCAUGUUGCCAGAGAGGCAGAUGAAGGCUGUAAAAAACCUUUAGAAAGAUUGCUGAACAUCUGGCAAGAAAGAAGUGUAUAUGGCGGCGAGUUCAUACAGCAGCUGAAGCUGUCUAUGGAGGACUCCAAGAGCCCUCCCCCCAAAGCAACAGAAGAAAAGAAAUCUUUGAAGCGAACUUUUCAACAGAUACAAGAAGAGGAAGAUGAUGACUACCCUGGAAGCUAUUCUCCCCAAGAUCCUUCUGCAGGACCCCUCUUGACUGAGGAACUCAUCAAAGCUUUGCAGGAUCUGGAAAAUGCUGCAUCAGGAGAUGCUACUGUUCGACAGAAGAUUGCUUCUCUGCCCCAGGAAGUGCAAGAUGUUUCUCUGUUGGAAAAAAUUACAGACAAAGAGGCAGCUGAGCGUCUUUCAAAAACAGUAGAUGAAGCAUGUCUGUUACUAGCAGAAUAUAACGGGCGCCUGGCAGCAGAACUGGAAGACCGCCGCCAGCUGGCUCGGAUGUUGGUGGAGUACACCCAGAAUCAGAAGGAUGUUUUGUCAGAAAAAGAGAAAAAGCUAGAAGAGUAUAAACAGAAGCUUGCACGAGUAACCCAGGUUCGCAAAGAGCUGAAGUCCCACAUUCAGAGCUUGCCCGACCUCUCACUGCUGCCCAACGUAACCGGGGGCUUGGCCCCCCUGCCCUCUGCUGGUGACCUCUUCUCAACUGACUAGGACAGGUGUCAAGACCCAGAUUUCCAUCUGUGCCAGAAAAAGAGGGCAAGUCAUGGUCGAGAUAACCAUCUAGCCCCUGGUUCUCUCUCUUCUUCCACCUGCCCUUCUGCCUCAAGAAAGAACCACAGACUCUGAUUUUCCCUUCUCUUCACCGGCCUCCCCUCUUGAGCAGAAUUCAGGACAGUGUGAUUGGAUUCUUAUCUGCAAAGAGUAAAAACUUUCUCCCACCUCAUGUUUUCAUGCCCCUGUUGGCUUUCCAUUCUUAGCUCUUGUAUACCCAAGAAGCUCUGAAAAUCAUGUGUACUUCUGGAAGCUGAGACAGUGUGUGUCACGGAAGUCGCUUCUCCUUUCCCAGCUAGGUUAGGCCGGUUUGAGACAGGCUCCAAUUGAGGGGCUUGCUCUGCUGAUGUUGGCUUUCAUGGCUACCAGAGGUGUCAAAAGGUUGGUGGCACAGCCAUUGGUCACCCUUCUUAAGGAGUUUUCCAAGUGGUAACCCUCCUUUAUCAUUACUUCUACUAGCAAACUAGUCAAAGUUAAGUGCAUUUGUGAGCAAACACGAGAAUCUAGCAAUAAGAUUCAAAGCUGAUCUAGGACAUAGUGUCAUAGUUCAGAGACAGGGUAACAGAAAUCACAACCAGCCUUUCAAGGCUGCAGUUCUCAAGGGCCCUGCCCACCAUCAUAGAGUUUGUUCGCUACGAGGACCUUUUGACGCCUAGUACUUGUGAAGGUGGUUUCUGAGAAUGGCACUGAUGGGCAGAAUGAAGGCUCCCACCCACAAGCUUGCUGAGUCCUGGCUCUGCCUAAUGUUGCUUUGAUCCUUCUUUUGGGAGUAGGGUAUGCUCACGUUCGAUCCACUGUGUGGAUGUGCGCCCACAGUAUGUUGACUAAACUUGAACCUCUUCACAGAUAGGACCUGAGCGUGUCUGUCAGUUUGUACUGCCUCAUGUGUCCAUGCGUUUGCAUCAGAUGUUACUGAACAGCUCAUCUCAGCGAGAGAAGGGGCAAGUAGAGGGUGUUAAUUCGGGUUUUAAUUCCAUUAUCAUGCCAGCUGACAUUAUGACUAAAUAAUGGAAAGAGGAAUUUUUUAUCUUGCAUAUAGUUAAGGUUGGGCUUGCCACCUGUAAAUCACCCUUAUUUGGCAGGCUUAUCUAUCUCUGACAUUGGAAUAGAUAGGAAACAGUGCCUAAUAGUGUAAUAGGAAUUAGAGCCUCAAGGCUGAAAUUCAAAAGCUACAAAAAAAAAAAAAAAGUCAGUGGCUAGGGCUUGAGAAUCUACAUUACUUUGCGUUGCUGUUUUUAGAAUUACCAAAAACUACAUGGGCUAUGACGUGUGAAAACAGCUCUCGGCUCCCUUCAUGACACUCUCCUGCCCACUGUGAAGUGAGGGCAGUGGAGAGACCAGCAGGUACUCACUCAUUCUCGCUCUCUGUAGGACCUAGUGGUGCUGAAGCUGUUGUUCAGAUUUGAAUACGGUCUUUGUGCUGUUUGCUCAUUGAUACUGCCUGUUGUUCUGUCACUGUUAAAUUAAUGAGUUUAUAAACUGUUUUUCCAGAGCCCCAGGGCAGUAGGUGACAUCACUGAAACUGCAAGGUGACCUGUCCUCUCGACUCUGUGUGUCCCUUCCUCAUACUAUGUGUGCUUUGUUUCAUUUAGAUGAGCUUGUUUCUGAACAGACCCAACUCCCACUUUUCCAAAGAAGUAGAAUUUUACCAGCCACAAACCAGCCAAAAGACUGCAGUAGAAAUUUGUUUUUACCAGCUAGGUGAAAAGAUGACAAUAUAAUGAAUUUAGCCCACUACUAUGUUUUAUCCACCUGAGUUUUUGACCAGCAGUUGGUGCAUAAUCAUUACAGCCAGAGCAAGAAAUGAACCUGUAGCAAUUAUGUAAAUGAAUGUUGGCUUCUUAACACCUGUUACUAGUAGGCUUCCUAUGAGGAAGCUAGUUUUGCUGGUUUUAAUUAAAUGCUUUUUAUCUUUAAAUCCUAAUUCUCUGCCCCUCCACCUCCCAAAGCAAGCUUCUUUGUUUAAUUUAAAUGAUACUUGUCAGUAAAACGUGAUCUAGCGCCUUUGUGGGGUGGGUUGGAUUUGGUUUUGUGUUUUUUCUUCUUUAUUUAGGGCAUCCAUAGGCCUCAAAGGAUUCUACCUUUAGGUCGUUUUCCUCAGAAAGUCUUCAAUCUUCCUUUUGUUUUUGUUUUGUUUUUCUUAAAGAAUAUUUUUAAAGCUUAAAUUUGUAUAUUAAUUUAGGACUUUUAUUUAGAAGUAUAGGCUGCCAUUGGUGGGCAGCAGUAUAUUCUGAAAUGUCUCAUAGAUAUAUAUUUUUGAAUAAAGAUGGUGUUGUUGAACAA